AUGUUAUACAUCCCGCAGCAGGUAGGUAAAGACUCACAAUUGUGCGCCAAAGAGUCUCACUUUGAAAUCGGAUGUCCUCUGCGGGGCAUCGGCAAUAGGCUUGUCAGAGCUGAUCCACUUUCAAGUCAGUUUAUGACGCCAACACUACAGACUAAUUCGGUAAAGAUGUGCUUUUGACAGAGUAAUCUCUUUCAAUUGAAAUUGCAACUAUUGCCGGUCUGUACAUACAGCCAAUGCUGACCUUCACUUAAGCCGGACCAAGGUCUACACUUCAUCGCCAUUUUAACCCUUCGACCAGGAAGUAUAACGUCAUGCAAAAAAUCACGAGUUUUCUUUAAUGGUCUCUCUAAUAUCAAGCAUGACUAGAAAAAAAUGAUUCAUCAUUAACUUGUCAACAAUGAAGCCAAUGUUUGCUGUUGGCGGAUUAUACUGUGUUGUUUCAAUUUCGUCUUUCGGGAGCCGUGCUAAGCCUAGAUGAAAAUUGGGCGGAAACAGGGCCCAAAACUAACAUGCUGCCAGUGUAGUAUAAACACUUGCUUAGCCUUUAACGCCUUAACGCCUGGGCAAGUCUGUUGUUUUAAUCUCGUCUAAUAUGACUUUAUAUUCACCCGCGCAGUUAACCAAUAUUCCACAUGCAAACAAGACUUUGAGAGACUUUAAAUUAGUUUUCAAUAUGAAUGGACUUGAAAAAUAUCACCUGGUUAGGACAUGAAAUAGCGUUUUUAAUGAACCUCUUGAAAAACUUAAGCGGACUUUUUAAAAUGCUUUGAAGCACCUUCCUCGCUUUAUAACUUAACAGUAGCUAAUUAGGGCAUUUACAAGAAUUCAUCCGGCCAUUUAACGCGUGGUCUGUUGUUACAGAGAAUAGAAAAAUUAUGUCAUAAAUCAUAUCUUUUCUUUUAAGUGCUUUUCUAUUUAGACUUGUAGGCGCUGCGCUUUGCCCGCAGAGAAUACAAGGGAAUUGGUUCUCACUUGCUGUCUAAUAAUAGAAUAAUAGGAAAGAAGCAACGAGGUCUCCAACGCAUAUUAGUUCAUUUUGCAAAGCGUUUCAGAAUUUAACGUCAUAUUGUGAAGAGACAUCAACGUGUCGUUUGGAACAAAGAGAGUUCCAAAGAGAGGUUAAUUGUUUUUUAACCUAUAUUUCCGUUUAUUGUUAAGUGAAACCGAAACCAUGGGUAUGCGAAAUAGAAAAUUCAAGAAAUGCGUUUGUCUUCUUUGGGGCCCACACUUCAUUGGGGGUUGUGAUGGAAUCAAGAGUUGACCUUUAUUGAUUGAAGAUUACAAAUCCUCUUUUUAGCCAAGAAAUACUUACUAGCAGAGAAGUACUUGAUCAGUCUAGCUUUGGAGGCUAUAGAGGAAUCAUCAGAUUAUCUGCUCACAGUCCAGUCAAUUCCAGAAAACUACAGCAACGACAAUACUAAAUCUUUGAGGGAGUCAAGGCCAUCGUCAAAGGUAAACUUUGAACAUUAUAUGUAGUGUGUUCCACUUAAAACGUCACUAUUUUCCGCUGAUGAAGCACGCAACGGUGUGUUAGGCCUUAUGAUUCUUUGAGAGGUUUCUUACGCCAUAGGAUAAUUCAAUCAACAAAGAAUAUACUGGCGUAAACGCUGUGCGGAUUAGUCGGCAGAUAUUGAGUACGUGAGAUGUGAAAAACAGAAAUCUGCGGAUUAGAGAGUAUUGAAAAAAUAUUGUCGCAACUUAUCUUGUGAAAUAGCAUCUUUGGGGCGCGAAUGCAAGUGUUGAAAAGUACUUAAUAAGGAAGGCCGUGACUUUGUUACGAUAACAGAUCAAGGCCUGCAUGAUGCCGGGAAACUGUAGCUUCAAAGAGGGUAAAUGCAUGCGACAGACCGCAUUAAUUCUUAUUAAUUUUUAUUAUUGUAAUAAUGAUGAUAAACAAGGCAAAUACGACAGCGACAUAAAAAAAACAGAAUUAAACUGAUAUCUAGAGUAUGCCCUUUUUUGUACUUGUAAUUUGUACAAAACCACAAGUGGGAGGGGUUGGAUGAAGUUAAGAAGGGUAGACACGGUCAUAAUCCCAAAUAACACAACUUUAUUCCCACGGCAGUCGCUGUCUACAUUUUCAGCAAGAUAAGUCGAAAGGAGAAGGAUCGUAUAUGAACAAAAAAGCAUAAAAUCUAUAUAUUGCUUUCUGCAGGAAACACACCGACACUUUGACAGCCGAUCACGAUACACUGACUGUGAGGUAAGAUUCAAAGUAAAAAAAAACUGUUAUCUCAGUGUUCUUUCCGCUGGGAAAAGUACAGUUGUUUUUUACAGUAUUGUGAUUCUAAAUACACUGAAUAGUUAAGGAUCGGAACUGACGUUUUCGGCAUAUAGAAGACUGAUAUUGAUCUACAUGGAAUUUCAUUGACAAAGACUUUAAUGUCUGAUGUAAUACAUGAGCUAUGUGUCUAUCAGAAGGCAAGAAUAACAGCGUCUUUUUUUAUAUUUUGCGAGGAGGCUCUUGAAUCGAACUUCCGUUUACGUAGUACAUGUAUUCUUAAAGCUCUUGCGUCCACCGCUGAAACAAAAGCUUCUUACUAGUACUGUAUCUUCAAUACGUAUAUUUUCUUAACUAACAACAUGUUGUAACAUGAAAAUCUCGCAAGUUUUUUACUGUUUGAUGUUUGGCCAAGUUGGUAAAUUUUGGAUACGCGUGCCUGCACGUCUUUUACUGGGAAAGGUACCUCAACACUUUUGUCAAAAUGAUGAAACUUGAUAUGUUUGCGUUCAGCCGAAAUGCGAAAUUGAGUGUUGCCUUUUAAAUAGGUCAUUUGAAGGGAAGAGUGAUCUUUUUUAAUGAUCGGAAAGGUUGAAAAGGGUAUCAUUUCACGUGAUUGACUCGUAUGGAACUAGGAAAACGGACAGCAUCUAUAUGCAACACCCAAAAAUCUCCACCGCUACACAAUCUGAGCCAGACGUAAUCUCAAACAGCGCUUUUUAAGCACUUUUAUUGUAGUUUACAUUAAUUUUCCUCUACAUGUAACGCGAUUAAGAGGGAGCCAGAAAUGGAAUACAUGACCUUGACAUGAACUAAGACAAAGCGACCUGUUCCUGUAAAACAUGAUUGUCUAGCAGCAAAGUACGCGGGGGCCAUUUUUUUUUUUCAGUAAUAUAUUUUAAUUCCUUGCGUCCGAAUUGCUAAGCAUUUGCGAGGGAUUAUCUUUUUAAAUUUAUUGACAAAAACCUAAUCAGAUGUAAACCGAAUAUAAAGUCUAUCCGAUUAUCUCAACGUCAGCCUCUCGUAGGUCUCAGCCGGCUACUUUACUAGUUACAGAAAGAAUGGAGUUUUUUAGCUUACGUCAUUGUUGUGAGCAGAUAGAUUAUAAUAGAUUCGAAUCAGCGUUGAUGACCACUCAAAGACGAGGCUUUGAGGAUAUUAUAAGGUUCCUGUUUUGGCAAGAAGAAACGAGAGACGCUUUCUCCGAGAGUUUUCUCAACUCAUGCUAAUAAAACGCUAAAGUUGUCCAAAUUUCAAACUGCGCGUUAUCAGAACCUUUGUUUCUGAAAAUUAAAGUGUCAAGUUUUUAAUUGCAAGUACCCAUAUUUUCAGUGAUAUUGGGACAAAGAAAAAACACAAAACGAAUCUCAAAACAGCUUAUCUUGCAUGCAUAAACAGUAAUUAAGGCUCUUUUCUCUGUCCAUGUUGCGCCGUUUAACGUUGUAAUUCGUAAAUCAUAAGACAUCAACGGCCAUGCCUGACUUGGAGCCCAUAUUUUUGUAGCGAUGUUGUUAGUUCUUAAAUGAACCAAAAAUAGGGUAUCUCUCUCUCUCUCUCUCUCUCUCUCUCAGCGUCAUGAAUUGUAGAAUGACAGCUUUAAUUUCAUUUGAAUAGCUGAAUUGAAAAGUAAAGGCCACACCUAAUCACAAGAAAGCUGCGUUUUUCGAGGAUUAUAAAAAAAUAUAUUUAUAAGUACGGUAUGACUCAGUAAUCUCAUCCAGACAUUAUCUCAGCAAAAAAGCCAGACAUCGGAAGCAUCUUUCUGUUACUGAUAAGAUUUACAGAUGAUUUAGCGUAAUUUCUGUCAGUGAUUUAAGGAAAAUGAUUUUGAAAUUAAGUCCGCCGUUGAAUUAACAUCACAUCGGAAACGCUAAGAAUUUUACAAAGGCGUACAGUAAGACUGUUCAGUUUCUCAUAAACUGUAGAAUUGUAGAAUUACUGAAGAGGGAAACGUUUGAAGACUCCUAUAUUAAGAUAGCUCGUGUGAUCGUCCAGUUGUUUGUUUUCAAAAGCGCAAUCAUAUACGUUUAUUGCAAUGGAUAAGAUUCAUCUCUCCCCCAGGAAGUCGUUGAAAUCACUGUAAAUCAAUUUUCACCGUCCCAUAAAGCGUCUAUUUCAGGGUACAAUCGAUGACAAAAUUUGUUGAGACACUUUGCCCUCAAUGACAUUCCUAACCUCUUAGUGAUGGCAUUAUCUUCUUGUAAAGGGAAAAAUGAAGCUAUCCUCCGCCACCCCCGAUAAACAUUGUUGUCUGGCUUGUUCAAGCUUGUGUCAGAAGCAACAAACAAACCAACGAAGACCGAUCUCAAAAUAAUUAUGUUGUCGAUAUUUUGUAGUUAUAUGUAUUAUAAAGAGUCAGCAUCUUUGUUCUCACCACUGGAAUUCUAAUUUGACGUGAUGGGCUCCUGAAUUUGAAGAUUAGCUUAGGGUUUUGUCGGUUUAUAAACAUCCGCUAAUCCACCUGGGUGAGGAUCACAUGAGUAAAUGUGGUACUGCCCGGAGCAAGCAGCUUCUACGUACUUGCGUUGAGACGUCAUACCGACUGGUCUAUUUUUAGAACAAUUUUGGCGCGAGUUUAGAAAACUAGUUAGCAUAACCUUAAACCUGAAAAUAGAAUUUUUAUCUUUUAGUGACGUUUAGUUUUAGCGAGAAAAGUUUCUCUAAAAUGUAUGUAAAAAUAAACCGGUCCAUGAAAACACUUUGACAGAGGCCAAGCAUGGGGCAUGUUGCCCUCUGUGGGUUAUUGGCUCCCUUUGCGGUUUAAUUAGCACGAACAGUGUAUCUAAACAUGUGCGUUUAAAUAAUCAAAUUAAAGGUUUUAGAAUUACGAAAUAAUACGCGCGUGUUAACCGGUCCCUGUCUCUUUCUGAUACAUAACAUGGUUACGAGUGCAACCGGCUCGGCAUAAAUAAGCAUCUCUUAACUCUGAAGAAGGGUAAUACUUAGCCAGUUUCGCAAACGACAGUUUAAAAAGUAAACAAAAACAAGAAGCUAAAAGGAGAUUGGAUCGUUCUGUUUUGCGCCGUAGUUAUAUUCUUCUUUGUCAUUGCAUCAAUUUUAAACACUGACCAAUAUUCAAUUUUUGCAUUUUACACGAUGAAAUGAUCACACGUAAAUUUCAGGAGAAGAAAGAGAAUGAUUUCUUAACAUAGGUUUCCUCGAUUGGAAACAAAUUGUUUUCAUAAAUAUGUAGCAUCAUAAGAAAUCAGUCUGAAGUGUAUUGAAACUAGGCUCGAUUUUCGCCGUCUCCCGGGUCUGGUCUUCUUGAUCCUCGAGUGUGGGCUCAUUUUCCCGAACAGCGGCUGGUAAUCGAGCCUAUAUCGAAACCGGUGCUGAGAAAACGCUCAUAGAGUUCCUUGUUCGCUUCCGUAACAGUAGCAAUAACACUGGGUGUAGAACACACAAAAGUAUUUAAAGUGAUAUUCAUUUUUGAGAUCGAACAGGCUUACCAAAAGGAUUGAUUGAACAAGUCUUCAAAACUAUCUAAGUGUGAAUCGGCUUGACUAGUUUGCAUCGUCACCAUUCGUAAGUAGAACAGCUGAACACUGGUCAUUAACACAUCAGACACACGGCUUGAGUAGUCCUAACUUGUCAGUGACUUGCAAUUGCGUCACGGUAUGCAUCAAUAGGCAAAAAAGGGCCGGAAACAUCUACUUAUCACUCCAAAUGGCUUCUGUCUUAGCAAAAGUACCAAGAAAUCACUUGGGAAAAUUUCAUCAAAUAAGUAGCUCCAUUCGAAAGCCGCUGUUCUCAGAUGAGUUUUGCGUUGAAUGCUCUUACAUCGAAGGAUUCACUGACAAGGUCAGGUUUGUUAAACCACUGUUACAGUACUGUAGCCAUGUAAAAUAACAUAAAAACAAACGAUGACGCUUUUGCGAGGGUAAAGGAGUGUUUAAUGUUAGAAAGCAUAAGUUUCAAAUUUCAACCUGUGCUUUCUUUGCCUUUUACCUAGACGGAGACAUCUAUCGAAGUCUUAACGAACUAAUUGAGGCCAACGAAAAAUGAUAAUCGGCUCUUGGACAAAGUCAUUCGUGAUUCUAUCAACAUGUAUUCAUGUUGUCGUUGUCUGGCGAUGCGAUGUAUUUGUCGUGACUUAGUUUCAUAAAUGAUUCAACUUUUUAUUCACGAAGGGAGGGAUAGGUGGGGUUAAUGAGAAAGAGGUAGCUUUUAUUUGGGGAGGGGGGGAGGAAAAUUUUUUGCUCUCCGUGUUCAUAUCUGUCUGCACGUUACUAGUUCUAUUUAUGUUCCAACUCCGCUCCAUUUCUAUUUUUCCACCAAAAAGGAAAUCGGCUUUUCGCGCUUUUUUUCUCUCAAGCUCGUCUGGUAGCCUUUCUGCUUUUCUUAAUCGCUUUAAUUGCCAAGUUAUCUUUAAAAAAAAUUGCUACAGUAGUUUUCACGACCCAGUUGUUUCCAUGGUUACAGACCUUUAGUGAACUGCUUGGAAUUUUUGAACUAUAUUUGCGACAAAAUAUUUGCCUCUGUCGUGUUGAUUCACUGAGAAGCGCUGAUCAACAACUGAAUUAGUUUCUGGGUUUAAGAAUAAACAUAACGAGAAGUUUGCAAAGUGAGACAUGCUGCAUGUUGAUCUAUGUCAAAGAUAAGUUGUAUAUCUCGAUUUCAAACAGUUUAAGCGUUGAUAAGACUUGGGUGACAUUUACUGCAAUCGGCACUACAGUAACGGCAUAACUUGCAAUUCAAAGAGGAAAAUAACUACAUUUCUAUGAGUUUUGCGGGAUCCCCAAAUGAAUAUUGCCGUGGAAUGCUUAACUUUUUCAUUUUGCAUUUAUUGAGUAAGACAUGACUUUUUAUUUGUCCAAACUUGAGUCUAUGUAUGAAAUGCUAAAGUGUGGCUAUUCAUUGACAGCUGCUGGGUAGUACUUUAAAAUGGUAAUUUAAGGCAGCCUUGGCAUUUCAAGGGCUAACUAUUCAACUCAUAACUUAAUUAUCUUAUCUUCAUACAGUCGCUAAAAAGAAAUAACUGUAAAGUUUUAUAAACUGACAGUGGUUUUAAUAACAGUACGAGGGAUUUCAGAGCGGUUGAAUUUUUCAGAUACCAAAAAGGCUUCCAAAUUUGUCGGUCCGACAAACGCCUAAGUUCAGGUCAGUCAGCAAUUAACCAUCUGGGUUUAUUUUAUCAUAUGGUUAACCAAAACUAACUGAACUUUGUCUGUGAAUUUUGCAUCACUCAAGAAUUAUAUACGAUGAAAACUCACCGGCAGCCGUCAAAGCUUAAAAGGCGGAAGUUGCCUUUCGACAGACCCGUAAAGUCGUAGGCGGCGCACGCGAAACGCGGUUAGGCACGCGUUCAAAACCCAAAACACCUCAUUACUGUUUGGUCCUAAACGGUGGCGUCAAUGUUCAUGCCAUGGUUUAUGCCCCUUGUUUCCUUUUUUUUCCAACGAAAGGUUAAUAACCAAUUGGUCUUUUUGAGAACGUCCUUGUUUUUCAGCGGAAAAUAUUUCAAGAGUGUGAAUAUUAGGGCAGUGGAACGAUAGUAAGAGCUACAACAAAAAGUGACAAUUUUAAGUCUAAGCCAGUAAGUACGUUUUAUACGGUUUUAUCAGUUGUUAAGUAGUGCAAAGCCCAAUCAGUCUGAUACGUAUUGUCGACUGAGGUAUUCAUUUGUAUGUCGUAAUAUUUGCAUAUUAAAUGCAAUUAACGGUCAUUCGAAGUGAAAUGGAAAAUCCAGAAAGCAAGUACCUAUGGCAAAAAAUUUCCGGUCGAAAUUCCAAUACCUGACAAACAACGACAAAAAUUCAAUUGCCUAAUCAACUAUAAAUCUCGUGUCUGGUUCAUAAAGUUCCGCAAUUCAAGUCUUUGUCAACGUUUCUGUGCUUUAUAAUUUGAUUGGGCGCGCGUAGAUUAGCGAAUUUACACACUCAAGCUCUUGUUUGAGUAAUCUAACAAUAGUUUUAAGCAUGCUCGUGACAUACAUCGAAAGCUUUACAGAAAACGUCGUCAAAAUAGGGCAUACUUCAGAAAGUAUUCUAAAGACUAUGAAUCUAGCCAAAGAUACAGAAGUCGACAUUUUGUUACUGUUUAUAUCGUAGUUUCCCAUCCGAAAGUUGCAAAUUGAACUAACAUGGUGUAACUAUAGUGGGAUUUAGAUACGGAAGAAGAUAAAGAACAGACGAAUUCUUACUUUAUGACUUCAUUUCAGCGUAGUUGUAUUUUCCUGCAACUUGGUUAUCAGCAUAUAAGUGUUUGCCGACGACCGCUAGAUAUUCCUCUUAGGCCCACAGUUUUACUCUUUUUCGAGUCGAGGAAUUUUCGGCUUAGCAUCUCUCUGCUACGACGCCAAACUCCGCCAACUAAUCUUUAUGGCGUUUAUCUCUCGCAUAGGAGAGAUAAAGUUUACUUAAAGCCGACAAUAAAAUAUCAUGUUGUGUGGGCGAUAGGAUAGAACUAGGCUUUUCUCACCCGUCUGUGAAAACUUUCCCGAAUGGCGGACACUCCAUUUACUUACAAAAAGAACACGUGAUAGCCCAGUCUUAGGCUUUUGUUUGCUAUUUUAGUAUUGUCUGAUCCUCGAAAGAAAAGGCUUUAAAAUACUCUAUUUCCUUCUUCAUUUAAACUUUCAGAGACGAUUACCCCUCGCGUCAACACUUGAGAAAAUUUUUUUGAAAUCAAAAGUCAACCAUAUCAUUGGUCAGUUUCUGCGUAACGCGUUGUCGUUAUUAGCCUGGCUUCUUCUUAAGUCUUCCGGCGCCUUCAGUUCACAAUGGAAGCAACUCUUUCAAUUCUUAAGUAUUCCUUUAAGGCACCAAUAUAAACAUGCAUAUUUGCCGCACUUGUAUCCUUGUAUUUGUUAUAGUACCGAUUAGCAGAACCUGUUACAACAUCAGAUCAGUUGUCUUUACAGAAGAGCCAGUUUCUUUGUUCUUGUGAUGAAAGGUGUUGCGGAAAGAACUGAACAAGGUUUGACCACGAACACUUGAGAGCUUUAAUCCUUCAUUGCUAGAGUUUCUAUAAAUAAAUUAAAACUGAUGAAAUUCCAAAUUCCAUUUUGUACUUGGCACUGAAAAAAUAGAUGGUACCAUUUGAAAAUACUGCCUUUGAGGUUCAUUUGAAGGGUAACUCCAUAGAAUUUCGUUUGCUGGCUUUUAAGUUAGAACUGAACUCAUUUUAUGGACCCUGGGUUUUUAGAAAGUCAGAAAUGUGCGAAUUUCAAUUUCUCUCAGUGACACAUGAUAGCGUAGAUGCGUUUUGGUGCGUGACAAACAAAUAAGAUUGUUUUCUAAUUUAAUGUUGGUUCCGUAUUUUAGAUUUUAAAAAGGAGCAGAAGCUGAUCGCAUCAUAAUUUCAUCAAACUCUUUUACCCAUUAAAUUAAUUACAACGAAACACGAGUAGAUUUAGAUCUUCUUGUGGUCACAAAUAAACAUAGACAUUCUUUACAUUGGUGUAAUGUUCCUUAGGAUGAAAAAUCGGACCACGAUGUUCUUCUGGACUUUGCAUUUUUGAUGCUCUUUUUUAUUAUUUUUCAACAUUUUAUACAAAGAAAUAUGGGAAUUUUGUCUGGUUUGACAUUUGAUUAGGCAGGGAAAGCCUUAGUGCCUUAUCUCUUUAGCAAGGCACCAAUUUCUACGCUCCUGUAAACAAUUACAGAAGUCGUUAAGAUAAGGAAAGUAGGAAUGCGCUCAGCGAUAAAAGAUCGCGAACAUUUGCCUUUGCAGUGCUCGUCUAUCGUGCAUUAUUGCUCAAGUCAGUCGGAAUCUAGCUGCUAGGAUUGGACAGUCGCGACUAGUGACCGAUUAAGGAAAAAAAGCGGAUUUUAACCCAUAAACGCCAGGUCGCCUACUUGCAAAAGCUGAACGUCAGUGACUAUUGAUCUAAACAAACAGUGUCAAUUACUCGUAAUGGUCGGUGAUAUUUUUGUUUAAAAACGAUUACUGAACUUGUCUCUCUAUAGUGUGGCUGUAACACAAUAUCCGCUACAGGGAUUUAGUUGGCGCUUGGAUCCGCUUUGUAAGCCACUGUUCUAGACUGGCUCGUUCAGUUGGAUUGUAACAGGCAAAGAGUGUUGUGUAGCGACGUAAAGAACUUCAGUGCCAAGGAGCCAACUUCAGCAAUGGAGGACAAGACAAGAGCUAUGGUAGCAAUUCUUCAGAUUCUCUGCUUACUCGUUCGCCUCCAGGUAAGUUUGCUUCAUUAGCGGUCAGUUACCUCUACAGUGAAAUUUUGAUGUUAUUUCCGGCCAAAUGAAGUUUACACAGAAAACUCCUUUUUCAGUAUUAUUAAUAAGCAAGUGACAGAUCGCUAUUGAACGUUGAAAAUGUGUUUUAUCUUCGCUGACACGGGACAACACAUCCCUUUGUUUCAUUUUCAUUUUCAUGCUGUGCGCAAAGGUGGCAUUUUUGACACGCUGUGUUGUGUAUGAAAACGCGAGAGUUUAUGUUAUUCCUGCGUUGCUUUUACGCAAAAUAAACAAGCCAUUAAUUAACUAGAUGGAGUUCAAACGCCAGCCCGCUCCACAGCUUCGUUUAAUAGCAAAUGACAUAAUGAAAGCCCAAUUUGUAGGGCACAUUUAAACUUGCCUUAGUGAGUGAACUACUCGUGUUUACAGGAGAGAGUUCGCGUGUUUUCACCAGCGCUGUUGUGAUCAGGAUGGGGGCUUUUUAGACACCGCAUGAACCAAGAAAACGCUUAAUGGUGUUUUAAAGCCUACGAGACGGGUGAAAGAAUUUUUUAAUAACUCGAGAAUUUUCAGUGGAGGGAUUUCUAAAGUGUUUCGACGUAACUUGGCGUAAUUCAGUUGGACAAGGUCACGAGGCCAGUUACCCAUAGGGCGGUCUUUUAUAUUAUUGUACAUUCACUCACGCUUCAGUAAAGAACAAAAUUAAUUUUCCGCUUUUCAGCCAAAAACGUUAAGAACACUUUGCCCAAUAUCUGAACAACAUCCUUUGCAAAGAAUGACACUUGUUAGCUCUUGAGGCAAUAACACUCGAUCACCGAAAAACAAGAUACGGUCAUGGGCUUAUGCGAGAGAAAUCUAUUGGCCGAAUUAUGUGGCAUAGUCUUACUGAUCUUAUUACGAAGGAAUCACGGGGGUGCACGAUUCGCCAGUUUUCAUUCAAACCUUUUAACACUUUAAAAAGAAUCAGCUACUCUAGCAAUCUCUCCCACGACAUACAAACUCUCAGGGGUUAUGUUUAUGUUUUCCCAGAGUAAAAGGACUUAGCGUUGCACUUGAGUCUCUUUUCAUAAGUUGUCAUACUUGAUCAUUCAAAAACGAACAAAACGUGCUUUUGUGCAGGUUAAUUUUUCGCUCUCGUGUUGGCGGUGAAGAUCAAGAAUUGUUCGUUAACUAAUGGGAAAAUUAUUAGCCGGUCUGAGCUGAUGUUAAGGGUUUGUAAAUCCACUAUGACAAAAAGCAGUGGUUCAGUAAGGUAUCUUCGGAAUUUUUCCCGCUAUUAAUAAAUUGUUUAUUUGCCCACAUAACACCACAAGAUAGAUAGCCCAAUGUUUGCAAAAUUGUUCCGCUAUUUCCUACACUUGGGGAACUUCCGUGGUUCAGUGACCCAUUUUUACUUCGACAGACUGAUAAGUCGUGCAAUAACAUCCGUAUCUCCGUUUCAUAUCGGUUUUAUUUCUUGCAUUGUGCAUACAUACACGAACGUGCAAGCGCGCAGAUAUCCCCCAAGUCGGACGCCACAGUCAGUACGCUGAUCAAGCUCACUUUUCGUUUUUUCUGAAGAGCUAAUCGGCCCUGCAAAUAUUGAAAGAGAAAACGUCUGAAUACCGACUUUGGUCUGCUCACAUCUGCAGAAAGCGCCCACGUUAUGACCUGGGAUACGCCGAAGACGAUCAUAUCAGUUGACAUGACAGCAUAUCGUGUAAAGACAGAAUUAGCGUGUAUUAAAAUUACUAUAUUGAAACGUGUUGAAUUUAAGUCGUUGGCUUUUGUGUCCUUUCUCUUUUGAAGUAUAAGCCUUUUUGGCUCUUCCAGUGCAACGAAGUUGGUUAAUUAAAUGAAUUUUGGGGCGGAUUAACGCACAAGAGAAAAGAACCACUCGAAAAGUUUUAUUCGGAAGUUUGUCCUCUCAAAGGAUUUCUUCUGCAGACUCAAAAGAUAGGAUUCCCGGUCCCAUCGCAUGACGUAGGCUGGCAACUACGAAAGGAAUUUAGUAUACAUGAUUAAAUUGCAAAGAAAAAAAUUCUAGAGUCAAUUUAACCCGUGCCCCGCUUUUGCCGAUCUUCUUAAUUGCAUUAUAAAUAUUUACUCGACUUUGUUUAUUCAUGGUAUAAUUUAAUGUUUUUCCUUCUAUUUUUACACUGUAAUGUUACGAUACGUGUCUCCUUUCAGUCCUUCCUCUGAUGGCGAUGAGGAGUUUCUUUUAAAUCGUAUGCACACGUCUUUCGUCGCGGGAGAAAAUGAAGUUUCCGUCUCUUUUGAUCUUCCUUCGACCUCAUUUUCGAGCUUAAAAGUAGUUUCUUUCUCUUUGCUCAAGUUCCGGUUGUGCUAUUGAUAAAAAAAACGUGUGUGUGCAUGUUGUACUUUUAUGACGCAAUGUCUUCCAUUAACCUCAUUUGCGGUGAGACUCUCUGUUGCCUUUUUGUUAUUAGCAAAAAAUAGCAGUUUUUCUCUUAUGUAGGAGUGUACAGUGAUCACCGUAGUAAAUACACAGUGUCCAUGUUUGGAAAACAAGAGCCAUAAUGGGCUCUUAUUGGAAAAUCAGUGCGGUUAGUCUUUCUUUAGUUUUGUCUGCGGUUGAUCUAAGCUAUUGGCAAAAAAUGAAGUAGCUCUCAAGUUUUUAACGGGUGUACUAAUUAUAGAUGUUUUUUUGUGUAAUCGGUUAACGUAUAUGGUCAGUUUUCAAAAAAGAGCCGGCAUUAAAAAAGAACUCAGUAAAAAAUGAGCAUGUCUUUUUGUAUUAUUGGACCAGUCUCCUUGUACUUUUUGAAGGCCAUAAUUCCGUCUCUUUCACUGUUAGUUUAGCCAGACUAUUGUAGCUAUGGAUAUAGCAAUACGACGAAGAUUUCCGUUACAAGAUAUCACAAUGAUAUUAAUUAAAGUAAAUUUAUUUGGCACGCUUAGAAAAAAAAUCGCCCGAGUGGACUGAAUUUUUCCAAAGUAUAAAAUACAGAAUCUUAUAACCACGACUUUUAUAAAGAAAAUAUAAGAAAUUAACUGGACUACGCUAUAUACGUCUCGCUCGGAAGAAUUUUUCCUCGAGAUUAAAAUUAGAGAAUGCCGGUUCAGUUCUAAGGUUUUAAAACACAAUUAAUGCUUUAAUUAAAAUAUUGGGUUUAAUUAUUUCGCCCGUCUAGUCUAUGAUGUAUUAACCUGCAGUUUGAAUACCAACAAGUUGAAAAGUCGAUAAGUUUAGUUCUUCAAACUGAGUCAAUACCACAAUUAUUGCCAAAAAAACCCACAAAUUCACUGGUCAAUACUUGAAAACCAAAGAGCUAAACCGUUUAACACGGCACAAAAGUUGGCUAAGUCAAAGUAAAAAAAAAAUGCAAUAAUCAUGGAUAAAUUUCGAUAAUUUUUUUAAAACAAAUAGAAACGUAUAAGUAUUUUGCUGAAGAGGUUUCAUUUAAGUGGUAACACAAAAUGGAGCUAAGAAUCACCUUGUAACUACUCAGUAACUUUCAUUUAAAUGGUCACAACAUACAAAAAGCAUUUUGUCUGUAAACUUAAUCAAACGUUACUAUUACACAACUUGCCCCCAUAUUCUAAAUCCCUUGCAAGCGAAUCUUCAGAAAACAUGAAUUGAUGGUUUUCUUUCAACAAUAGAAAAUAAUUCAAUUAUUUCUUUCACAAGCAGGUAAAAGAAUUAGACUUUUAAUUCCUUUUACACGAGCUGUUAAUAGUAAACCUUUUAUCUCUAGAAUGGUUACAAUUAGGAGAAAAGGCUCCUUAAUUUGACUCUAGUCUUGCUGACGAUAUCUUAAGUUUUAAGUCAGUUUCGGCCAAAUGAGGGCUAUGAGUGAUAAAGGCAAUCAAGAACGUGAAAUCAUCCCUUGAGAUAAUGAAGUUAAACCUAAAGUAACCGUCCAAUGGGUUGGAACAGGCUGUACUUUGCUUGAAACUUUUUGAGGUAAACAAUUAUGCGGUUAAAAUCAUUCAAAGGAAUUCAUGAUCACUUCGAGAAUCUUCGACGCUCUGGUCACGAAUAUUAUAAAAUUACCACUUUUAAUCGCCGCUAAACUUUCUAAUCCUUAUACGAUUUCGACUUUGUUUUCUUAGCCGAGGCACACUUGUCCCCCCGGAAAUUUAGGCAAAUCCACUCCGGAAAAUCCAAUCCCUUUUUUGAGCCUGAGUUAUGGAUAUUUUUUUUAACCGACACAUUGUAUGUUAGUAAUUGCCCAAAGCACACACUAGAAACCUAACCGUUUUUCAUGUAGACACAUUCUUCAUUUGUCAGGCUGAAUUGGUUCUUGUCUAUGACGUACUUUAUUGGCCAAAUAUCACCGAGCUAUAUAAUCCGCUCCGUUUCUUUUAUGCGGGUGUUUACUUAAUUUCAAUGUUGAUAGUUGAAUAUUUCAAAUGAAUGAGAUCUACGCGAGCUGAGAGUCCCAACGCGAUUUACGCAAUCAACUUAACCAAGUUUUUAUUCUUGUCCAGCCGUAUUAAGAGUACGCAUACCGCCUUAUACUGAAAUAGUCAUGUAUCUUUUAUCCGUCUCCUUCCCUUCUACCAAACCCACUCUUCAGAAGGCCACUGUGUUCCUGGUCAAGUUUUGUUUUGUUUUGUUUUUUUCGUUUACCGGUACAUGUUCCGAAAGGAUCACGUCAAAUACUUACUGAGUUCAAUCUUCCUAAUCAUAAUCACUCUUCUUUGUCUUUACAACGGUCAAGUUUCUUCUCUCACUCGCCUACAGUGUCGCCUAAUUCAAUCGCUCGGCGUUCUGACGCCGCCUCAGCUUAAAUAAAAUGAAAACCGAGAUAUAUUUUUAUUUCUAGCGAGAAUUGUAUCUCAAAGGACGAUCUCUGACGCUUAAUGUCUGCCGUAUGUCUGUUUCUAAUUCUGUUCAACAGUUAACUCUUGAACUCUUGCUUGAAGUCAAUGCAUAGUACAUUUUAUCGAAUUCUCUCAACUAUAUUCUUUAAGUAAAAGUGCGGAGACUAGUGCGGAGAAUUGGUAUGUGGAUAUAAAAAAGUGUUUUGUUAUCACCCUUUUUAGAUGUUUCGAUUGUAAAAAGCGAGCUUUCUCUUAUUUCGUCAAGGCUAUUUUAAGCCCCCGAAACUAAGUAAAGUGAAGGUAAAAUUAUAGAGUGAAAACUGAGCUAUCAAAGUUUAACAAGUCAAGUUUUUAAAACCUCUUUGGAUACUAAUAAACCAUCUCUACUGGUAAUAAUUAUCUCCGUAUAUUCUCUAAAAAAAAUCAUUUCCAUCUUUAUUAGCUGAGGUUAUGUGAGAAGUACGUCACAAUUUCACAAAAAGGGUGAGCUAUCGUUUGUUUGUUUUUUGGAACUAGUCACCCAUUUCAUCCAUUUAAAAACUCAUCUACUCGCAUUCCUAAAAUUUACAUUCAACACAUGCAUCAUGUUUUGAAAGCCCCACAACUAGUAUUUCCCUUCAGCAUAAGCCAACAAAAAAAGUAGACGCUCGCCAGGGACAAGAUUUAAAUACAUAAUGUAUUUAGCAUGUUUGCAUAUACGAAACGUCUGUCGAGAAUUGUCUAUUAGUUUGAGAUAUUUGAGCUGUUCAUUAGGAACAACGUAGGUAACUAUAUUUGUUUGUUUUGAUAGUCUCCACCUGUUUUAGGUAAAGCUUAAGACGGGACACAGUUUAAACUAUUUCAUGUAAUGUAUUUUUGGUGAUAUCGUUGUUGACGAAGACCGUCUCGGAUUGAAGAAUUGUGGUUUUUACAGAGGCGCCAAUCACGGCAUGUUUUAGUAUGAACUAUUUACAAUGACGACAUGGCUUGACGACGUAUUUCUGUUGUUUUCUAUAGAAAAUUAGGACCCUUAUAGGAGACAGAGUGAUGGCUAAUACUAUUCGAUCGUGUGUGGAACAUAUAAUCAAUUAAUGCAGCAGCACAAAUGUUUUGGGAAAACUUUUUUCCCCAAAUUUGCAAUAAUCAAUACCAGCCAACGCCCUUGUGAAAUGCUAGAGACGUUCAUAAUAUUGUCCCCAAGAAUAAACGUCGUUAUAAGAAUUGGGAACAACAUCCUACCAAAGAGACACUUCGAUUUAGUGCUAUGAUUUAUGCAGUUAAUUUCAAAGGAGACUCGAAUGUUUUGAUCAGAAGCAUCGGCUGAAAUGAUUAAAGAUUUCGCCAGUUUUCUCAGAUUUCCCUCACGUUAAGGAUUUUGCCAAGCGAUUAAUUGUGAAGGCAAAAUAAAAAGAUGUUUUCAACUUCUAGACAGUUUACUUGUUAUGUAAAGAUGAUUUAGUUUAUCUAGCCUCCUUCUUAGCUGAAAUAGUGCCGGCUCAAAAUGUUUACUAUUGUUACGAUAACGGUAGUCUGUGUUUCGCUGUGGAGAUAACCUCAUGAAUGUUUCGGGAAACACUGCCGGCCAAACAUACAUUCACAAAAAUCAAUUUCUUUUCUUUUUAAUGGCGAGAAAUUAACGCCCCAAAGAAGGUCUAAAAAUUCUUGUUAACACUUUACUUAGCAAGGGAAAAGAUUGUUAUUUUGCGGAUGAAAUCAAGUUUGAUCUGAUUAACUUUCGUAGGUAUGAAAUAAAACUAUGAUCUGCCGGCUUCACUUGUGUUUUACAGACCUCGAAAAACAGAGCACACUACCGCGUGUGUGAAAUCAGUGGGGAAUUUGUGACGGAAAAGUAAGCCCGCGAAAUGAAAAACAGUUAUAUACUGAUUAAAUUUUUUUUUUACAAAUUUAAAGUAUGCUACAGCCGGCAGUUCUGUUUACUAGUAACUGCUAUUGACUAAAUACAAUAUUCAAGAAAUAAUUGUAACCAUAUGCAAUUUAUGAUUUAUUUUGAUAGAGAAAAAUAUAUACACACUGGAUUAAAGGGUGAUUCGGUUUGUGAUAAUAGAUUAGGAUCAACUGGAUUGCAAUUCUGCUUGUCCUGACAAAGAUUAACCUGCAACGAAGACUUUCUUUGCAUGCGGCCUCCCUUAUUCUUGACCUAUUCUUGCAUUUUAGAUAUAUUGUGUUCGUUUAUUUUGCGUUAUUUAUAGCGGUUUUUGUUUAUUUUUUCCGGCCUUGCAUGUUUGUUUCUGAUAUGAUGUAUACUUAAAUUUCUUCCGACUGGAAUUACCUUAUCACAUAUCUCAAUGUUGUCUAGUGCUCUUAAACGAGAACGAAAAUAUCUUUAGUUUGAUAAAAACACGAGCCUAAAAUUGCAAAUGUGUCAUGAAACUCAUAAAAAAUAUACCCAGAUUUAUUUUACUGAAAUAGUGUACCAAAAAAUGCAUGAAAUAAUGCCAAACAAAACAGAGCUACACUCUUAGAGCGGACGAAAUUGAAUUUCACCACGGGCUCAAAGUUGUACAGCUCAUAAUAAACAGUAUCACGGGAAGUUAUUGCUUUGUAGCUUUCAUUUGAGUGGUAACUUUAUAGAAUUUCAUCUCAAGACUCGAAAUUUGGAAUUUUACCAUCACCUCAAUGAGUCAACACAUUGCAGUAUCGUAACUUAAUCUUAUCUUUUCCUGAAUACUGACUCUGAUGAUGUGUUUCAUAUCAAAUUGAUAUUAAUAUAAAAAAUGUAAAUUAAUAUGAUUAAAACACAGAUGGCACAAAAGGAGUUUAAUGCAAUAAGCGGGUCACACUUGGAGCCCUAUAAACUACGUAAUAAACAGUACCACAGGAAAGUACUGCUGAGUGGCUUUCAUUUAAAUGGUCAAACCAUAGGAUUUCAUGCACAUACUCAACAGUUAAAACCACCUUGUACAGCAUAACAAACAGUACCAAAGUAAAGUACUGCUCAGUAGCUUUCAUUUGAAUGGUCACACCAUAUGAUUUCAUCAAGCUAAACAGCACUAAAGUAAAGUGUUCAAUUCUUGAUUCGUCAAGAAUUUUAUACACGAAGAAGGAGGUCAUCCCAUUACCAAGCGAGCCGCCCAGUACCCAGAUAGCGUUAUUCUGCUGGGUGUAAAAAAGUACAUUUGUUUUGUGCGCUGCCACACACAGGUAUAAGGGUGCAAAAAUAUGAACAUUGCUCGUCAUUAACGUGAUUUCAUCAGAAUUUUUGUCGAACCAACGAAUCAAUUCUUAAACUCGAUCACCAGCAAAUUCGUGACCUGUUGAUUACGCUCUUCUUAGAGGCCUACUGGAACUACACUUUCAACCUUCAAUCCAAUUUUUCCAUCACCCCCAAAAUACUUCCGUUUGCAAGGGAACCACUCUUCUCUUGCCCUCCUGCAAUUCGACUGGGGUGACUCGGUUAAUAGGCACUUUGGCUUCAAGUCACGAAGGCCUUGUUCUUUCUUUUUAAUAUCAUUUUUCUCCCUACAUCUGCUGAAUCCAACCAAAGUUUCUUGCUUAAGUCGGUUUUGCUGAUAUUUCAGAGUUAAAACUUCGGUUUUUUACGAUUAGACUCAGCAUAUCACUUCGCCCUUGUUUUUCUGUAAAAAACACAGCAUCUUUAAUCAUUUAAGUACCUCUUCUAACAAACACUCAAAUACGUAAAACAAAUUAUCUUCCUAAAUCUUUCUUUUUUUGUCCAGAUUACGUGUCUGAACUCUCAUUUCACUAAAAACCUUUUUUUUUUUAUCGCCCCUCAGAUGAAGGGUCCUUAAAAAGAUCAAGUGAUUUAUCUUGUUUUUAGAUACCGCGGUUUCCCUUUCACUUUCGAUGUUCCACCUUUUUCUAGCACCUGAAGCGAAAGCGACCACAAUCUUAUGA